GUCAAACCAGCCUGAACAGAUACUCUCAGACAGCUCGUUUCUUCACCUCAUUCCUGAGACGGGACUCUGCCCACUCCUUGUGUAAAGCAACCUGAACCUGAUAGCACAGCAUCCGCGUAUCUCCCCUGAGAAUCUGCUCUGGACUAUUAAGACAGUCGCUCUUAACCUUUUCUUCAGAAGCGCUUUGCCGCUGUGCAGAAUCCCAGCCAGCCAUGACUUUUACGAGCAAACCGUCUGUCCUCCGACUGUCUUGUAAUACAUUUUUAAAGCGAGUUUAACUCGGCGAUUCAACUUUCAGCUUCUGUUUUAUUAAUUUUUUCCUGUCAUCUGUGGAAAUGCUCCGUCCAGACCCAUAAAGAAACAGAGUUUGGUUAAUAUGCACUUAUUGCCAAGCGGAAUAUGUUUUUAUUUAUCUGUAGCAAUCUGCUGGCUCACAGCUGAGAUCGAUGCGUCCUGGUGGUACAUGGGCACCCUGGGCUCCCAGGUGAUGUGCGACAACAUCCCUGGACUGGUGAAUAAGCAGCGCCAGCUGUGCCGCCAGUACCCCAAAGUGAUGCAGGCCAUCGGAGCUGGAAUGAAGGACUGGAUCUCAGAGUGCCAGUACCAGUUCCGCAACCACCGCUGGAACUGCAACACCACAGCCAGGGACCACAAUCUGUUUGGACGUCUGCUGCUACGCAGUAGCCGUGAGGUGGCCUUUGUCUACGCUAUCUCCUCAGCUGGAGUGGUUUACACACUGGCCCAAGCCUGCAGCCAAGGUGAGCUGGAUUCCUGCUCCUGUGAUCCCACCAAGAAGGGCUCAUCACAGGAUGCCAAAGGCUCCUUCAACUGGGGAGGCUGUAGUGACCAUGUGGAGCAUGCCAUACGCUUCAGCCAAGCCUUCGUGGAUGCCAAGGAGAGGAAGGAGAGGGAUGCCCGUGCACUCAUGAACCUGCACAACAACAGAGCUGGCAGGAAGGCUGUGAAGCGCUUCAUGACACUGGAGUGUAAAUGUCAUGGUGUCAGUGGGUCAUGUAGCGUCAGGACCUGCUGGAUGGCCAUGGCUGACUUCCGCCGCACAGGUGACCAUCUACGGAAAAGGUACAACGGUGCCGUGCAGGUUGCAGUGAAUCAGUAUGGCACUGGCUUUACGGCCGCUCACACACACUUCAAACGUCCCAGCAAGAAUGACCUCGUCUACUUGGAGGACUCACCAGACUACUGCAUACGGGACCACGAGUCAGGGUCGAUGGGGACAGGAGGGCGGGUCUGCAACCGGACAUCCCGAGGUGUAGAUGGCUGUGAAGUGAUGUGCUGUGGCCGUGGCUACGACACGUCUCGCGUCAGCCGCACAACCAAGUGUGAGUGCAAGUUCCAGUGGUGCUGUGCAGUCCACUGCCGUGACUGCCACCAGCAGGUCGACGUGCACACCUGUAAGGGCCAGACGUGACCUCGCCACCACUAAACGUGACUGACGCCUCAUAUCGGGCAUCCAGAGUCCCCCGUUCCUUCUCAGCUCUAUCUGACGUCUUGUUGCGACAAUCUAACUGAUAAUCUCGAGUCUGUCUUUAGUUCCGAGCCCUCUGAAGGUCUGUUAGGUUUUCAGACACUUUUUUUUCUUUUCCUCCUCACCAAAAUAAUUCACAUCUUUUUCUUUGUUUGGAUGCUACGUGGAAAGAACUUCCAGACUCAGAGACAUUUAAAGCCUGACUGCUGAAUGUCUGUAGCUGUUACUUUGAGAAUGUAUCAGUCAAAUCAUGCUUCAGAUUCCUGCUGAACCAACACAAAAAAAUACUAUUGAGACUAACAGGCUAGCAUUUGAUCUGCUGGCUCCAGUUGUGAUGGUUUGGAGAUGAACUGUUGACUAAACAGGCCCCAAGGACUGACCAAGUAUACACUGAAAUAUAACUUAAAUUAUGUGUAAUAUCUUUUAUAGUUUUGUUGAAUCAACAUGCAUGGAGGUUUUUGGCCUGCUCCUGUGAAGCCUUCAACACCUCUAGUUUAACACAUAGCAGCUCUCCACACAGUUUAUCAGCUUGUUGUUUAGAUUUGUUCUCGUGGCACCUUACAAUUGUCAGCAAACCAUUUACAACAUAAAGUACGACCAGUGUUCUUUUCCCCUGCGUGCUUUCAGUGUAAGCUGUUGUCACGCCAGUCUCAUUCAACAUAGCGUAUCACAAGCAUCUCUCUCACUUACUGUCUGCUCAUUAGAGGCUUUCUGCUCCAGAUGUGCACAGAACAUGGUCCUUCAGCUGUUUUCUCUCUCCAUCAUUAAAUCACCUUACUUAGUAGAAAACAGCAGCUGGAAAAUGAGUGGACAAUGUCAUUUGACUCAGAAACAGUGCAAAAUUAAUGCGGGCAGGACCUACAGCAAUUUUUCUAAGACAAACUUACAUACUUACGGUACUCCCAACAUCAAAAUCCCCAGCUAGCACUAAUGUCCUACAUUUCACUGUCAUAUUAGC